AUGAAGAGUCUCGACGCGUACUUCGAAAAGCUGAAUUGUUCUUCCAGCAGCAACAGCGCAGAGAAACAAACACCAGAGCAACAAGCCGCGGAAGCCGUGGCUGCACCUGCAGCUGCUGCAGCAUCAGCAUCAGCAUCAGCAGAGCCUGCUGCAUCGCCUGCCGCCAGCGCGACUUCGACAGCACCUUCCGCCGCCGCUAAUGCGAGCAGUUCGGCGGAGAAGAAAAUAGUAACCAAGGACUUCCAAGCGCUGAGCUCACUGAAUUCGUACUUCGACAAGCUCAACGCUGGCAAAGAGAAAAAGGCGGACGCCGAUUCCAGCGCAGCACCAGCCGCCUCUCAGGCAUCCGCAGCCACCGCGUCUUCAACAGCGCAGGCUGACGUCAGCAGCAAGGGGGCGGAGGCGGAGAAAAUGGAGAAGGCGGAGAAGGUGGGGAAGGCGGAGGAGAGCGGCGGAAGCAAGGAGCUGAAGGCGGAGGAGGUGGAGGAGCUUAUCAGGCGGAUUGUGGAGGACGUGGAGAAGAAGAAGGGCAGUGGCGCGCUUGACUCCAAGGUUUCGGACCUGACUCUGGAGGCCAUCAUGGGUCCGCGCAACCUGCUGGACGACUGGAUUUCCGCCAAAGCGGCCGUUUCUGCUCCCACCGCCGUCUACACGCUAGUGGCAAUCAACAUUGCGGUGUUCCUGUUUGAGCUCGCCAGUCCCGAGGCGGUGCCAGGAGUGAUCACCACGUCGCUGCCAGCGCUGCUCGCUGCCAAGGUCAACCCACUCAUCGAGGCCGGCGAGUGGUGGCGCCUCCUCACGCCCUCCCUCCUCCAUGCGGGAAUCAUCCACCUGUCAGUGGGCACGUUCUUCCUGCUGGGCCUGGGCAGUGUACUGGAGUUCGCCAUCGGCCCCCUGGGCCUGCUCGCAGUCUACUUCUCCUCCGGCCUCGCAGGCAACAUCACCUCGUUUCUGCAGACGCCUGACGUUACCGUUGGCGGCACGGGCCCAGUGUACGGGGUGGCAGCAGCGUAUGCGGCGUUUCUGAUAAAGAACCGGGAGGUGAUCGGCACGGAGACAGCAGACAGCAAUGUGCGCGAGUCGCUCAUCAUCGCUGCGCUCUUUGCCCUCUUUGCCAACCCCCUGCCCAUCGACCCCUCCACCCAUGCUGGAGCAGCACUAGCGGGCUUUCUUUUCGGCAGCAUUGCAGCUCCAACCAUGCGCAAAGUGAAGAUAUCCAAUGAGGAGGCAGCCAAGCGGCAGCAAGGGCUUCUCAACUCUCUGCUCAGCCAGAAAACAAACGAGGAGUCGCAUGAGCUGGUGGUGGAACCAGCUGACUCCAAGAAGCUGGCUGCUGCUUUUGGGGCAACAAUGGCACUUUCACUGGCGCUGUUCCAGGCUGAUGAUUUGUCGCUGCACAACCCGUUGAGGAGACUGGAGCGCAUGGGAUGCGGAUGGCUGGCCGUGCUGUUGGAGUGGGAGGGGGUGGUGAUUGAAGACGAUUCUGUUUUUGAACGACAGGCGUGGAUAGCUCUUGCGGAAGAGGAAGGCCGCGCCCAGCCUCCCGUUUGGAUCCUUAAGCGGGCAGAAGGCAUGAAAAACGAGCAGGUUAUUCGCGAAGUGCUUUGCUGGUCGCGCGACUUCAUGACUGUACGGAGAUUGUCGCAGAGAAAAGAAGAGCUGUAUGAGCAGUUUCAGGGAGGUUGCUACAGGCUUCUCCCCGGCUCCAGAGAAUUUCUGGACACCCUAAAGCGGUGCAAGAUCCCGGUGGCAAUUGUGUCGACUCGUCCGGCGAGAUACUUGGAGCGAGCGGUUGAGGCUGUGGGCAUGGAGGGCUUCUUCGAUGCUGUCAUUUCCGCGGAUGACGUGCAGAGAGGAAAGCCGGAUCCCGAGAUGUACCAGUAUGCGGCACAGCGACUGCAAUUCAUUCCCGAGCGUUGCAUCGUCAUUGGUAGCUCCAACUCCACCAUAGAGGCGGCUCACGAUGCUUACAUGAAGGUUGUCACCGUUGCAGGAAGGCACCCAGUGUAUGAGUUGGGUGCUGCGGAUCUAGUGGUUCGCAAGCUGGACAUGCUAUCCGUGGUCGAUCUCAAGAACCUGGCGGAUCUAGACUCGCCGGAAUUCACGCCACCGCCUGAGCUAGAGCCGGAAUUAGAGCCGGAAACCAAGAGAACUGGUGUUGGCACCUUGUGA